AUGCGUGUCGAGUCCACCAGAUAUUGUGAUCUCCGCGAAGGCUUGCUAUGCUGUUACGACUCCUUACGUGUCGUACUGCACUAUGCUCGCUGUCGGUCAGAAGUGACCGACGUUUUGCUUCCAGAAACAGAUUGCAUCAGGGAAAGUGUACUCAAGGUUCGCAGCAUUCCGACUCCAUUACAGUCUGCUUUCAAUCAGCUGGACUCCAUUACACGUGAGCCUUUAUCUUUCAGUACCUGUUCUGGCUUAUCUCAAGCGUUGGGUAUGCAGAUGAGAGAAAAUACGAGAUGCACCGCAAUUCCCAUUUCGCAUGUGAGCAAUCCUGCUUCGCCAAACACAGAACCAACGGAUCUAACUAUCACACAACCUCGAUUGGAUGAUACUAAGGAAGACAGCGCAAACAGUAGCAAUAGUAGUAUUGCCAUUGGAAUGAACUCUGAUGACGCCGAUGUGGUGAAUCACAAAGAAGCCCAUAGCCCACAGACAUUGACAACCAUUUCCAGCUCGAUCCUCGGAGCAGUCUCACCCACGGAAACUGCUAUGAUGAACAUCCACUUCCGUUCCAACUAUAAGGUGUGCCAAAAUUUGACGGCAUCGGAGAGGAUGGCAGCAGUCGUGGCGGCAGCGGCUGCAUUGAAUCGGCAACUUUGGGUUGAAAAGUCCAAAAUUACUAACGAAAAUCCAAUUGCCUCCUGCACUAAUUCGGUCAAAGUUGUAGAUUCAUUUUCUCGAUUCGCCGCACAGAAUACGGCGGCGUGCCCAUAUGAUCUAACGGUGAACAAACGAUCGGAUAAGCAAAGUCAAGGGAAUGUUUCUUCAGUAACUGUUUACAUGGAUCAAAGUAUAGACAAUGGUAGUAAUACCGUCACCGUUGGGAGCAAUACUGGAACGAACAGUAAUCAUUAUGUCGAAGCGAAUAGCUCUCUUCAGAUGGGUAUUGGUCCAUCAAUGCACUUCUUCCCCAGCCAUGAAGCGCUGUCUAUCUUCAGGCCAACUCUACAAUCCCGAGUUGAUAGCGGAUCGGAGAACGAUAUCCUGAUUGCAAAUGGAUCGUCUGUUGAGAAUUUACCAUUACAACUAACACCCACUGCGCGGGAUAGUUCAGACGGAACUGAUUCAAUCAAGGCGGAUGUGAACAACGAAAUAAACAGUGGACAAAAUGAUACAUCACCGACUUCAUUCUCUGGUAGCCCAAUUGAAGUAAAUCAACCUGUCGUUACGGCCGGUAGCAGCUACGGUUCCCGGACCAAGUCAAUUUUAUCUACGGGUGAACAUGUGUGUCCUCAUUGUUCGCGCAAAUUCACCCGGUCAGAUAUGUUGGUUCGACACAAACACGUGCACACUGGGGACAGACCGUUUGUGUGUGAAGUCUGUGACCAGAAAUUUAGUCGAUCAGAUCAUUUAUCCACACACCGACGGACACAUACUGGACAACGACCAUACAGUUGUGAACAAUGCACAUAUUCCGCCUGCCGUCGAGACAUGAUCACUCGGCACAUGCGCGUACAUCAGCGACAAUCACGCCAAGGUCACCUGAAAUAUCGGCGAACUCUCAAUAACGGUGAUCUGGCCGACCAAUCUUCUUCCAAAUUGACACUACUGAUGCAUCGAGAUAAAUCCAUAUUUCCUCGAGGAAUGACUCGAGUCGGUCGAAGCCGACGACUACGCACGUCGCAAUCUAUUCAGUCUACCGAAACAGAUCAAAUUGUCCCGGACACAGUUACGGCACGACUGAUGACGUUUGUGCAAUGCCCGAACACCGUGUGUCCAAGUGCUCAGGAGACCUCAGAAGAGACGCGACAACACACUCCAAUUUGA